AUGACGAUGAAUCAAGUGAACCUAAACGCUGGCAAAUGUGGGAUAUGUGGCGACCCCUACAACGAGUACGCCAAAAAUCCCAAAACAUACAAUACAUAUAAGGCCGGCUCAAACAUAACUGCCCAGAUACACGUGGUGGCCAAUCAUGACGGAUACUACGAGUUCCGUAUAUGUAAUGCUACCGAUCCCCUGCAUGAGGUGACCCAAGAGUGUCUAAAUCAGCACCAGUUGGAAGUGGUCGGCACUACUGAUAACAAGUGGCAACUACCGGCCCAUAAAAAUAAGUGCAAAAUGGGUCAGUAUGACUGCGACGAGAACUGGAUUAAUAAGAUACCCCUGAGACUACCGGCCGGGUACAACUUUUGUAAAGAAACUUUGAAAGUAUUAUGUUUCAUAAUAUUAUGUUACGAGGGCUUUGAGAUAAUCGCAGAUUUCCUACACUAUCCCUAUGUUUAUAAGUUUGGUGUCGAAACCUCUGAGGGCUUGGAUUUACCGCCGAUUACUAUCUGUACGGAAAGGGAUGUGUUUUUCGAUAAGACACGGAUUGUCCGACACUUUAAUCUCAGCGAUGAUUACGAGUCAUACAAACUGUGGGCUAAACAACAUUCAAAUGAUUUGUAUGAUGACUGUAUUAAGCCGUAUAAGUCCACUGUAAAUGACGAAGAGAAUUGGAUUGAAUGCGAGACUGAAGAUAACGACAACUCAUUUCCAUUUGCUGUCCAAUCCUUAUAUGAAGAGAUGUCUGAAAACAGAUAUCUGGAAGGGCAGCACAAACUGAGUUUAAUGAUGCUUUAACUCUAUAUAAAUGUCG